AUGCCUGGAAGACUUUUGGCCAGCGGAACAUCCGUUCGAGCUCCCCAUCUGCAACCCGACUUGAGAAUAAUCCACUUCAACGAUGUAUACAACAUCCAACCCGAUACGAGGGAGCCAGUCGGAGGUAUCUCCAGGUUCCAAACCGUGCUCAAGAAACACAGUGCAAAGCAUGAAGGCCAACCCCCUGUCUUGACUCUGUUCUCAGGGGACGCUCUCAACCCCAGCCUGGAAAGCAUCUUCACCAAAGGGGAACACAUGGUCGAAGCGCUGAACAACAUCGGGGUCAACUUCGCAUGCCUGGGCAACCACGAACUCGACUUCGGCGUCCCGCACUUCCAACGCCUCUCCCAAAACUGCACCUUCCCCUGGCUCUGCGCCAACGUGCUCGACCCCGCCCUGGGGCCCUCGGUCCCGCUGGGCAACUGCCAAAAAACGGCGCUCGUCACCCUCCCCAACGGCCUCAGCGUCGGGCUGAUCGGGCUCGUCGAGCGCGAAUGGCUCGCGACGGUCAACGUCCUGCCCCCCAACCUCGAGUUCCGCUCAGCGUCGGAGACGGCGGCGGAGCUGGUGCCGGGGCUCAAGGCGCGGGGGGCCGACUUCAUCGUCGCGCUGACGCACCAGCGGGAGCCCAACGACGUGCGGCUGGCGCAGGAAUGCGGCGCCGGCCUGAUCGACCUGAUCCUCGCGGGGCACGACCACUUCUACAGCGACACCGUCGUCAACGGCGUGCGCAUCGUGCGCAGCGGCACCGACUUCAAGCAGCUGAGCUACAUCGAGGUGCGGCGGCGGCGGUGGCGUCGUUCUUGUCAGGGGAGGAGGAGUCCGCGCCGCGACUGCACCGCCGCCGCAGUCGGAGAGGGGAGAUCGACAUCGUGUCUGUGGGACAUCAAGGUUGCGCGCGAAGACGUGACGGCCGACGUUCCCGAAGACGCGUCCACGCGCGCCUGGGUCGACGCCGUGUCGGCGGCGCUGCGGACGCAGUUGGAGACGCCGGUGGGGGCGACGGUGGUGGAUCUGGAUGCGCGCUUCACGACGGUGAGGCGCAGGGAGAGCAACAUGGGGAAUUUCAUCGCCGACGCUAUGCGCGAGGCGUACGGGGCCGAGUGCUGCAUCAUCAGCUCCGGCACGAUCCGCGGGGAUCAGGUGUAUCCGGCGGGUGUGCUCACGAUGAGGGACAUCCGGAAUUGCUUGCCGUUUGAGGAUCCGACGGUUGUUGUCCGCGCGAGUGGACGUGCCAUCUGGGCGGCGCUCGAGAAUUCGGUCAGCUUGUAUCCCGCGCUGGAGGGCCGCUUUCCGCAGGUGUCGGGCAUCAUGUUCGACUUCGACGCGUCGAUGCCACCGUUGCAGCGAGUGAGGUCCGCGCGCAUUGGUGGGAGGCCGAUUGAUCUGGACGCGACGUAUUCGCUGGCUACUCGGGAUUACAUGCUGCGUGGAAAGGACGGGUACACGUCUCUCGUCGCAGGUGAGGUGGAAGUGGUUGUUGGACCGGAGGAGGAUAACCCAGACAUGAGCUUCGACAUGUCUGAUUCUCAGCCUGAGCAGGAGCCACUCCCCUCUGGAAUCAACGCAUUCCCCAUUGGUCCCAUUUGA